ACAUCAUGCCCCGUGCUGGGGUCUGCAGCUGCUGGGGUGGCCAAAUAUUGCCCCUGCUUCUGGCCUAUGUCUGCUACCUGCUGCUUGGGGCCACCAUCUUCCAGCUGCUGGAGAAGCAGGCAGAGGCUCAAUCCAGGGACCAGUUCCAGCUGGAAAAGCUACGCUUCUUAGAGAACUACACCUGCCUGGACCAGCAGGCCCUGGAGCAGUUUGUACAGGUCAUCCUGGAAGCCUGGGUGAAGGGUGUGAACCCCAAAGGCAACUCCACCAACCCCAGCAACUGGGACUUCGGGAGUAGUUUCUUCUUUGCAGGCACAGUGGUCACCACCAUAGGUUAUGGAAACCUGGCACCCAGCACGGAGGCAGGGCAGGUCUUCUGUGUCUUCUAUGCUCUGAUGGGCAUCCCACUCAAUGUGGUAUUCCUCAACCAUCUGGGGACAGGGCUGCGUGCCCACCUGACCACAUUGGACAGGUGGGAGGACCACCCCAGGCAUUCCCAGCUCCUGCAGGUCCUGGGCCUGGCUCUGUUCCUGACCUUGGGGACCCUGGUCAUUCUCAUCUUUCCACCCAUGUUCUUCAGCCACGUGGAGGGCUGGAGCUUCCGUGAGGGCUUCUACUUCGCCUUCAUCACCCUCAGCACCAUUGGCUUCGGGGACUAUGUUGUCGGCACAGACCCCAGCAAGCAUUACAUUGCUGUGUAUCGGAGCUUGGCAGCGAUAUGGAUCCUCCUAGGACUAGCGUGGCUGGCGGUGGUCCUCAGCCUGGGAUCCCUGCUCCUGCACAGGUGCUCCCGGCUCUGGCAGCUCAUCAGAGGCCUGGACCUUAAGGAUGGAGCAGCUCCUGACUCUGAGCCCAGAUCACAGAAAAUCCCCAUCUCUGCAUGAGACCCAAGUGUCCUGACCUCCCCAAACCCAUGACAUCCCCUGCCCUUCCCCCUUUCUUUUCAACCCACACAUUACCCAGCAAUUCUCCAGAGAAAGGAGACAGGUGUACCUACAAAGUAACUGAGGGGAGAUGAGGAGACAAAAAUCAAAGAUCUGCAUGGCUGGAGAUGUGAAGGUUGCCCUUGGAGCUUCCCCCUGUCUCCCAAAAAGAAUCUGGAGAAGUGAAACCUGACAUGGAUCAUGGUGGCCAAGUCACUACUGCCGUCUUAACAUAGUCACGGGAGCCCUGCAAGCAAAGGUGGACUUGAUUUUUAUAUUACUUACUACGUACACGAUAGGCUCUUAACAGGCUCCUACUAGGUAGCAGGCAGUGUGCCUGGCUCUAGGGCUUUGACAGUGUUGCUUUCUGCCUUCGCCUGUUGUCAGUCUUGAAGGAGCCCCAAAGCAGCAUCCUCAUCCUUGAUGGGAAUGUACCUAGGGAGAAGAAAGUUCAGGACAGUGGCUGGGGGAGGGGAGAUGGAUACACAUCUGGGGACGCCUUUGGUGCAUACAGAAAGCCGUCCUCAGGAGUCUCACAGCUAAGGAACAAGAAGGCUGCUGGUCAGAUUUCUCCAGCUCUCCUUGCCCACAAGUGGAGAGGAAUCCUAGAACAACACGGGGGUUGGGGGGGACCCCUUCCAGGGGUCCCACCACUCUCCUGAACAUGACCUCCCCUGACCCUCAGAGCACAUUUAGACCUCUUUACUGCCCCCCCCCUCAGCAGCUGGGAGAUGGGCAGCAGAUCCCAAGAGCUUCAUAGCCUGUGAGCUCUCUGGUGGUGUGGACUCCCAUGGGAACACUCUUCAUGAGAGCCUGGUCCUUCUGCCAGAUUGUGACACUGUGGGCCAGAAGGGAGGAGAGGUUUGGCCCAGACUCACAGGAUUAGGAACUGAUUUUUGUUUGGACUUCCUUCACCUCUCCAGUGGCAGGGGUGUUCCCAAGUUCUGUGUCCUCUUUAUAGCAUUAAGGUGGGGUGGGACUGUGAACCCCAGAGGUUGAGGGGAGUCUCAGGCAAGGACCCACAUUGACAGAGGGUUCCCAGCACCCAAGUCUUACUGCCACCCAGGAAAGGGUUGAAAUCUGACAUCUCCAACACUUGUACACAUGCUGGACCCUACUUCUGUUCUGGGUGGAUGGAGAUGCAGGGACUUCCUUCCAAAGCAGCAAGGAAAGUUCGAUCAGGUUCUCUAGACCUGCCAACCUCCCAACCCCGGGCAGCACAGACAAACCAUACCCAACUGGCCCCUAUUUUAUUUCUUUUAGUACACUAGCUGUAGGGAGAUCUAGGGUGAUACAAGCAAGCACUUGGAGGAAGCCCCUGGCCCCUCAGCUUAGGUAGCAGUCCUGUGAUAAUAAACUUGGCUGCUGUUUCUUCUCUG